CGCCCAGACCCUCUUGUGGUGUUGUGGCUGACUGGCAAGGUGUGAUCUUUUUUUUAUUUUGCUUUCUGAGGCAAAGACAGCCUUUCUUUUUCUUUUCGAAAACAGUUAGACUGCUCUCCUGAGCUCCUUAGAAGCUAGCUCGACCCAUGGGAAUCCUGAUGGAAUCCAUAUUCAAUAAUCCACGCGUCAUCCAGUGGGCCAAUCCUACCCAAAUGAACAAAGCUCUCCAAAGCUUAUACCGAGCCUCAACCAGGAGGCUCAAAUCACGGUCUUCAUAUAUUCGACAAAUCUCUCAGUGUGUGACAUCCAAGAUGGAUGACUGUGUCUCCACCGUUGGAGAUAGUCAUUAUCCUUUACUGUUCGCACCACCAUCACUGUCAUCACAUCAUCACCACGUAUUUUAACUACAGCAUCAUUACCUUCCAUCGCUUUGUUAUUUGAUAUAUUAUCCAUGCUCUGUUGGAGCUAUCAUCCCUUCCUCUCGCUUUGGACAUGACCGACAUGAGCAAGAACCUGGACUCCAUCCCAUAUGAUGUGUUCUACCAGAUCGCCUCGGGGUUGGAUUGCCACGACUUUAUCCAUCUCAGUCGAGUCAACCAGGCUCUCAACACGUUGAUGCGAAAUGAGUCCAUUGCGAGAAAGACAAUCGAGAACCACCUGCUUCAUUCCAACGAGGGGCGGGAAGCGGACAGAACUAGAACUGGGUAUCGUAGAGCAGUUGGCCGUCUGUUUGACAUCAAGGAAGCUUUCGCCACAGCUCAGCCGUAUUCAGCCUCGGUUCUUGCAUACGGGUCGGCCUUUUUGUAUAACCAAGGCUCCCUCUGCUACAUCUACGACAACAAGAUUCGUGCCUUGGAUGUGCAUGGGGUCGGUCAAGUAGAGCAGGUUUUGAACGUUCACAAUGUUCUCUCUCGCGCGAUCCCAGGCUGCGAUCCAGCGCGACAUACGAUCCAGAUAUCGCUCCUGCACUACCGUGACGGGAUUCUGGCAUUUCUGGUCGAGAUUGGAGAGGUGCGGGAGGCUUGGCUUCUUGCGGUAGAUAUGCGCAGGAAGACAGACUGCAGGACCGGCCGAUUACGUCUCCGCACGCCGCUUCAGUCCACACGACGACUUUUCGUCCGACAUAGCAGGUCCUACCUUUACUACGGUACCCAGUCUGCACUGAGUCAUUAUGGCUAUCCGCAGUGGGCGGUCCAUUGCGUGGAUUUAGCUACUGGACAACACAUAACUGAGAAACCUGUCGAGCUGCACAAUUUUGUUGGCAAUGAAAUCGGUCAGACUGUCUGCUUUGAGGUGCAUCAGGACCAUCUGUAUGCCGUGUCGACCCUGGUAGACUUUGAAGAAGAAGAAGUCGACUGGACCUCCUUGUACAUGUGGAUCUGUCUGCCCCCUCGCGGGAAUACGGGCUCGGUGACGCCCAGGACCGAGUGGCGUCGACAGCAUCGCGAAGGCCCAAUCAAUGACACAUGGUCGGACCUUUCACUUCGAGAGGAUGAAGCGACCAACCAGCUCCUUAUCCUGGAAUGUCGCCGCGAAUGGCGCAACGGAGGCAGCGAUAAUUGCCGGACUUACUACAUGCAGCCUCUCCCGUCGCCUGCAGAGAUCUCUCGGAGUAAGCGACCGGCCAACCACCCACCAUGCAGCUCGAUAGCUGCUGAGUUGCCAGACGAGCCCUUAACCAAGACACUAGAUUCGUCGAACAAGGCAAUCUACGAGAGACCCCGGAAAAGGCUGCGCAGACACUACCACCCGGAAUAUCCAUUGGACGAUCAAGACAACCACGACGGCGACACCCCAUACCAACGGCGCGACUUCAUCCUGGCCAAAACUAAGUUCCGCACUUACAACCUUUCGGCCUCGACAUUCGUCGACCUCGUCAAUGACCCCUACCCAGCAUCACCAGGAGGCAGCCACAUCCCCCACGAUCGCCUCCGCCUUCGGACAGUCUCCCGCAAACGCAAGAGCCCUAUCGACGAGGCAAAGCGAGGAGCGGUUCACCUCCCGCGGAAUCCACAUAUGGCCGCCCGACAACGGCCCCCGGAACUAACCCAGCUGCUCUGCCCGUCCCACCGCAUCGGCAAAAUCCAAGCGGUCGCAGACGAGCGCUCGAUUAUUUACUCCAUUGACCAGGAAGGACUGAGCGGCGGUAACCAAGCCAUCAUACUCAUCAACUUUGAUCCUGUCAUCAGACAUCCAGGCCUGAAACGUCUUACUCCGGACUCGGACGUCCGGCCUUGGGGGCCCAACGGUGAUCACGCAACCGGAAUCAGGCCUCCACGCCAGCAGGAGCGGACAAUGCUACAGACACCCGUCAGCACAGCGAGGACGAACCAGGCGGUGCCAUCUGUCCGGGAGGAGCCGGCUAUGUAUCUAAGCAUUAAUCAUGGAUAUUGGCUUCGGUGACCGAU